AGCACAUCGUCGUCCUAGUCAGGUUUCCCUAUCAGUCGACUAUUGUGCCUCAACUUUUGUUUCCAACGUAGACUUGUAUUUUACCUCUAUCUUAAGAUUGUCACCGUUGAACGGCCUCACAUAAGCUCUUUGAAUAUCCUAAUUGCCUACCCCGGACGGAUUUCCUGGGUUCUAUCCUUGUCUAGACAAGUUCAUCUGAUCGUCCACCACCUUACCUCACCUUACUCCAAAAGCUUCUCCGAAUUCGCUGGUGGUUGCAACUCUUCAACUGCCGUCCGGUCAGGCACAAUCACACCCUGUCAUCCAAUAGAGUGAGAGAUAUAACGCAUACGCAAAGUACGCAAAGAUGGCGUUGACUCUGCAAACCGCCAUCAACGGCCCGGCCAACUCCACGGCCGUCAUUGUGCCGUCCAAGCCCAAUGCUCUCACAGCCACGUACGGCGACCUGGUGAGGGAGACCUCGGCCUUCCAGAAGAAGCUGGCCGCCAUCGGCAUCACAAAGGCAUCGCCCGUUUCUAUCGCGACCGUCAACUCAUAUGAGUUCAUCGUCUCCUUCCUGGCCGCCUCGUGGCAGCGUGGCAUCGCCGCCCCUCUGAACCCGGCCUACAAGCAGGACGAGUUUGAGUUCUACAUUGAGGACGUCAAGUCCGCCAUCGUGCUGGUUCCUAAGGGUGCCUAUGCCGCCGGUGCACCUGCCGUCAAGGCCGCCAAAAAGUUCAACGCCGCCAUCGCUGAGACGUACUGGGAUGAGGCCAAGAAAGAGGUCGCGCUUGAUGUCAAGGAUCUGGGACAGCUCAAGGGCAAGGGACCUGAGAAGGUGUUGAAGGCUGAGGCCGACGACGUUGCCUUGGUUUUGCACACUAGCGGCACCACCUCCAGACCCAAAGUUGUCCCUCUUACACACCGCAACCUGACCAGAACGAUGAAGAACAUCCAGAACACAUACCAGCUGACAAGCGAGGACCGCACCAUGCUGGUCAUGCCCCUCUUCCACGUCCAUGGCCUUCUCUGCGGCCUUCUCGCACCCCUGGCCUGCGGCGGCUCCAUGGUCGUUCCGAACAAGUUCUCGGCCACCGAGUUCUGGGGAGACUUCAUCACCCACAAGGCCAACUGGUACACCGCCGUGCCCACCAUCCACCAGAUCCUCCUCAAGAACCCGACGCCCAGCCCGCUGCCCGCCAUUCGCUUCAUCCGCUCCUGCUCCUCCCCUCUGUCGCCCACCGUCUUCCACCAGCUCGAGGAGACGUACAAGGCGCCCGUCCUCGAGGCCUACGCCAUGACCGAGGCCGCCCACCAGAUGACCUCCAACCCCCUCCCGCCCGCGAAGCGCAAGCCCGGCACCGUCGGCCUCGGCCAGGGCGUCGACGUGCGCAUCCUCAACGACGCCGGUGACGAGCUCGCGCAGGGUCAGGAGGGCGAGAUUUGCAUCCGUGGCGAGAACGUCACCAAGGGGUACCUCAACAACGACGCCGCCAACGCCUCCUCCUACACCAAGGGCGGCUUCUUCCGCACGGGCGACCAGGGCAAGAAGGAUGAGGACGGCUACAUUGUCAUUACGGGCCGCAUCAAGGAGCUCAUCAACAAGGGCGGCGAGAAGAUCAGCCCCAUUGAGCUCGACAACGUCUUGACCCGCCACCCUGCCGUCUCCGAGGCCGUCAGCUUUGCCAUCCCCGACGACAUGUACGGCCAGGAUAUCGGUGUUGCCGUCGUUCUCAAGCCGGGACAGCAGCUCAAGGGCGAGGAGUUGAAGGGCUGGGUGCAGGAGAAGCUGGCCAAGUUCAAGGUUCCCAAGAAGAUUUACUUCACCGAGACGAUGCCCAAGACGGCCACGGGCAAGAUCCAGCGCCGCAUCGUCGCCGAGAAGAUGCAGCAACAAGAGGCCCCCAAGGCCAAGUUGUAGACCAGCCGAUUAGUAGACCAUAGAGAUUCGGCCAUGCUCAUGGCGGACCUAGAUGAUUGUAAGACAGUAGAAAGGGGUAUUCUCGUAGAUUUCACAUACAUUUGGCGUGAAAUACACUGCAGAGAGAGAAGAGAGAUCUUGUGUGUUUUUUAGAUACCUAGAAAGAAAGAUAGAAUAGAGGGAUUUCCAAUAUCUAUAAUAACGCCCGCCGCAUAUACACGUAACGUAAUACCCAUUAUACCUGACCGAUUCUUCAUGAACCUCGUCAGGCAGAGCCGCAUACUCGUGGGCCUUCAUCUCGCCAGCCGUGAGGAUGAACUCUUUCCAGGCUUAAACCCCAGGGAAUCCUCUCCUAUCCAAAGGACGUCGAGCUUGAAAAUAGAAAAACAGAAAACAGAAUAGACCAUCUUCCUUAGUCGUAGUGCCCUCCCUCAUCCAACUCGUCAUCAAGAUCAGGGUCCUCACCCUCGUCAGAAUCGUAAAGCUUCUUCUGCUGCUGAUCGCCUCCCUGCUUCUGCCGCGGCGACGCAGACGCGCUCUUCGGCACGAUGCUCUUCGGCGUCACGGCAUGGAUCUCAACCCAGCACGAGUUCCCCGUGGGCCCAUGCCACCGCACGGGGUUCACGUCCUUCCCGGCGUUGUCCGCCGCGGGCUCCGGCAUCACGUCACCCGCGUGGCGCGCGCACUCCCUCGAUAUCCUCCGCACCUCGGCAUUCGCGUCCGCCAGCGCGGCGAAGGCGCCCAUGACGGUCGAGGUGGCUGUGAAGUCGCCGUCGGCGCCGCCGUCGUUGUAGAGGACGAGGGCGAUGGUGUGGGGGAAUUCGCGGCGGGACGGGGGCAGGGAAGCGACUGAGGAGGAUGCCGUGGGCGGAGGAAGGCGCUUUGCGGGUGGUGGUGUGGUUUGGACUGCACUUGUUGCCGAGGCGUUGCGCUUGUGCGCCGAGGUGUCUUCUGCUGAGGACAUCUUGACUGUCAUCUGCCUUUUGGGUGGUUGUAAGGUUGUGUUGAUGUGUAGUGGGAUGGAAGUUUGAUAUGUAGCUUUACUGAUGAGUGUUUGGGGGUUGCUGGUAUAGUGUGAUGUGUAAGGUGAGGUGAGACGAGAUAUGUAGCUGUGAGACCUUAAUCGGUGAGAUGUAAUGGCUUGCAGAUGGGUGAUGCAAGGGAUGGGAAUGUCAAGCUUAUUUGGUUGUAAGUUGUGUAAAGUUAGGUAGUCACAGAUCGUGGGAAACACAUCCAAGUCCUUCCAGUGUCCUUCCCGAUUCUCUUUUAUAUCAAAACUGGAAUCCCGUCUCAC